UUCCCGACUCCACUCUGUUUCACCUUUCCCGUCUGUUGUCCUCUAUCAGUCACUAUCCGAUUCGCUCCGCAACUGCGAGGAUCUCUCUCCUCCCGAAAAUGGCGGCCGGCAUGCAGCUGCAUUUCUAUCCUGUCAAGGUCCCGUUCUUACCUAAAUCAGUUACCAAACAGCUCCUGGGAUCCAGCAGAGUCAGGUGCGCCGCCACCACACCUAGUAAGCGCUACGCCAUUACUCUUCUUCCCGGCGACGGCAUCGGCCCCGAAGUCAUCUCCGUCUCCAAGGAAGUUCUCAAGCUCGCUGGUUCUCUCGAAGGGAUUGAAUUUAGCUUUCAGGAGAUGCCUAUGGGGGGAGCUGCCUUGGAUUUGGUAGGAGUCCCAUUGCCAGACGAAACCCUUUCAGUGGCAAAACAAUCUGAUGCAGUGCUACUUGGAGCAAUUGGAGGGUAUAAAUGGGAUAAGAAUGAGAAGCACUUGAAGCCAGAGACUGGGUUGCUUAAGCUACGUGAAGGUCUUAAAGUCUUUGCGAAUUUGAGACCGGCUACUGUGUUGCCUCAGUUGGUUGAUGCAUCAACUUUGAAGAAAGAGGUUGCUGAGGGGGUUGACAUCAUGGUUGUAAGAGAGCUCACUGGAGGUAUUUAUUUUGGAAAGCCUAGGGGUUUUGGCACCAAUGAAAGUGGUGAGGAGAUUGGCUUCAACACUGAGGUGUAUGCUAGCCAUGAGGUGGAUCGAAUUGCUCGUGUUGCAUUUGAGACUGCCCGGAAGCGGCUUGGCAAACUUUGCUCAGUUGAUAAAGCUAAUGUCUUAGAGGCAGGUUUUAUUUGCAGAACUACUUUUCUUGAGCUUUUCUUUUGGGUGUUAAAUUAUGGACCUGGAUUGUUUGAACCCAUACAUGGUUCUGCUCCUGAUAUUGCCGGACAGGACAAGGCAAAUCCAUUGGCAACAAUGCUCAGUGCUGCAAUGCUUUUGAGGUAUGGACUGAGAGAAGAAAGUGCUGCAAAAAGAAUCGAGAAUGCUGUUUUGGAUGCUCUGAAUCGAGGGUUUAGAACGGGUGACAUUUAUUCUGCUGGAACUAAAUUGGUGGGAUGCAAGAAAAUGGGUGAAGAAGUAUUGAAAUCAAUAGACUCCCCAGUCCCCACUGCUGUUUGAAUUGAGACCAGAAGAACUAUAUGACGGUACUUCCUCUGAUUUUGGGUUUUUCUCAAACUCAUAUACUGGGAAGCCCACUAUGCCCAGUGAAAGUGGAAGUACACUCCUCACUUUAUCUUAUUCUUUCAGCAUUCCUAGCACUUCGAAAUUGUAUGAUUGGUCUUCUCCUCAUUUCUCACUGAAACUGAAACCUUGUAUUAUUAGUGAACAACAAGCCUUUAAUAUAAAAACGAGAACCAGUGUUUCCAUUGCCAACACAAAUGCACUAUUAGACCAAAAGCUUGCCUCUAGUUGUCAGCUGCUCCUCAACUCUUGGGUUCAGUUUCUUCAAGCAGCUUCAGUACCUGCAAAUUACAAAAGGGGUUGCAGCGAAAAAAUUAUUAUGACUGUUGUUUGUUUUCAGUAAGUUUCAGUUGCUGCCUCUGGAAUCUAUCUCUCUCUCUUCCAAGUUCCUUCGUGUUGUUUCUUCUUUACUUGGAUAGUUUUCUCUGGUGCUGUCAUUUUUGGUUGAUACCCUAGUUUCUUCAUGCUGUUAUAUUAUACCUGAUAAUCUUGAGAUUA